CAUGCGCGCAGUAUACAAAAUGUCGGGAGGAUCGGAAAGGUUAAAAAUGAGAAGGAAUUUGUCUGCAGGCAGCUCAAACACGGCACACCCGUUUUGUUGUCUCUGUCCCGAUAUUUAAGAAGUGGAGCAAGGGAUUCAAUCGACCAUUCCUCAUUUGACCAACCGUCACUUUACACAGGAGAAAGGCCGUUCACCUGCUCAGACAGUGGGAGUGGAUUCACUCAGUUAUCACAAUUGAAGGUACAUCAACAAGUUCACAUUGGCCAAGGCCAUUCAUCUGUUCUGCGUGUGUGAGAAAGGAUUCAGUUGGUCUUCCCACCUGUGGACACACCAGUCAGUUCAUACCACACUGGCAGAGGUUAGUCAUCUGUUGAACUUCUGGGAAAGGAUUCACUCAGUCAUCUGACCUAAUGGCUCACCAGCGGGUUCACACCAGGGAGCGGCCGUACACCUGCUCAGUCUGUGAGAAGAGAUUCACUCACUCUUCCACCCUAUGGAAACAUCAGCGAGUUCACACUGGGGAGAAGCCAUUCACCUGCUCAGAAUGUGGGAAGGGAUUCACUGAGUCAUCCACCCUACUGGUACAUCAGCGAGUUCACACUGGGGAGAGGCCAUUCACCUGCUCAGUCUGUGAGAAGAGAUUCACUCGGUUAUCCCACCUCCAGAGUCAUCAGCGAGUUCACACUGGGGAGAGGCCGUUCUCCUGCUCAGAAUGUGGGAAGAGAUUCACUGAGUUAUCCAACCUACAGAGUCAUCAGCGAGUUCACACUGGGGAGAAGCCAUUCACCUGCUCAGAAUGUGGGAAGAGAUUCACUGAGUUAUCCAACCUACAAAGUCAUCAGCGAGUUCACACUGGGGAGAGGCCGUUCUCCUGCUCAGAAUGUGGGAAAGGAUUCACUGAGUUAUCCACCCUACAGAGACAUCAGCAAGUUCACACUGGGGAGAAGCCAUUCACCUGCUCAGUAUGUGGGAAGAGAUUCACUCAGUUAUCCACCCUACAGAGUCACCAGCGAGUUCACACUGGGGAGAAACCGUUCCCGUGCUCAGAGUGUGGGAAGAGAUUCACUCAGUCAUCCACCCUACAGAGACACCAGCGAGUUCACACUGGGGAGAAGCCAUUCACCUGCUCGGUCUGUGGGAAGAGAUUCACUGAUUCAUCCACCCUACAGAGACACCAGCAAAUUCACACUGGGGAGAAGCCAUUCACCUGCUCAGUCUGUGGGGAGAGAUUCACUCAGUCGUCCACCCUACAGAAUCACCAGCGAGUUCACACUGGGGAGAAGCCGUUCAUCUGCUCAGUCUGUAGGAAGAGAUUCACUCAUUUAUCCAGCCUACAGAGACAUCUGCAAAUUCACACUGGCGAGAAGCCGUUCAGCUGCUCAGUCUGUGGGAAGGGAUUCACUCAGUCAUCCACCCUACAGAGUCACCAGCGAGUUCACACUGGUGAGAAGCCGUUCACCUGCUCAGAAUGUGGGAUAGCAUUCACUCAGUCAUCCCAACUACUGGCACACCAGUCAGUUCACAAUGGGGAGUGGCCGUUGUUAUGAAUCCCUAGGUUUUGUUUGCUGUAGGCUAUUUUAAGAGAGGCUAUUCAGUCUGACUUGCAGCUUGUUUAGUUUUAACCAAGGACACAGACACCCAGAGUCAGACGGAGAUGAAGGAGGUAAAAUGGAAGAAUCGAAACCAGGGAACUAAUGGCCAAGGGUCACCGUUUGGAACUUUCCUAUGCCCACAAGGGUGGAUUAAUCAUCGCUUCACCGUACAUCGAAAGUGUGGUGGUCACCUUGUUGAAUCCAUAGGAGUGGAUCUGAUUUGGGGAUCCUUUGAAGACUGCUGAUGUGUUAACCCUUGCCUGGGUGUGGUGUGGUAAUUCACUUGAAGAUGAUACCCCUUGUGACAAGUCACUUUGGGUGAUAAUUAGUAUGUGAGAUUUUGGAAUGACGACAGAUAAAAUCUACAGCAACUGUUCUCUCAUUUUACCACCGUGGAACCUGAGGAAUUUGACAUAAUUGCAUUCUCUCAACAUUUACCCUGGAUUACAAAUAUCUCUCUCAUCACCUAUUCUGUGGAUGAACUGAAGUUUCCUACUUUACCAUCUCAAGAUUCUAAGCCUUGAUUUCCCCCGAGCUCAAUAGUUUGGGCAACACACAAAAUGCCGGUGGAACACAGAAGGCCAGGCAGCCAGGCAGCAUCUAUAGAGAGAAGCACUGUCGAUGUUUCAGGCCGAGUCCCUUCGUCAGGACUAACUGAAAGGAAAGAUAGUAAGAGAUUUGAAAGUUGGAGGGUGAGGGGGAAAUGUGAAAGAUAGAAGACCGGAGGGGGUGGGGUGAAGCUGAGAGCUGGAAAGGUGAUUGGCAAAAGGGAUACAAAACUGGAGAAGGGACAGCAUCAUGGGACGGGAGGCUUCGGGAGAAAGAAAGGGGGAGGGGAGCACCAGAGGGAGUUGGAGAACAGGCAGAGUGAUGGUUAGAGAAAGAGGGAACAAAAAAUCUAAAUAUAUCACGGAUGGGGUGAGAAGGUAAGGAGUGGUGUUAACGGAAGUUAGAGAAAUCAGUGUUCAUGCCAUCAGGUUGGAGGCUACCCAGCCGGUAGAUAGGGUGUUGUUCCUCCAAACUGAGUAUGGCUUCAUCUUGACAGUAGAGGAGGCCAUGGCCUAUUCUGCUUUGAUAGUUGAUGAAGCAGCUGAUUAUGUCCUAGUGAAACAGUCUGUGCUCAAAGCUUACGAUUUGGUCCCAGAAUCAUACAGGCAAAAAUUUGGAAAUUGAACGAAAUUUGUGAAUCAGACUUAUCUGGCAUUUGCUUCUCAGAAGUCUGUGUGUUUUGACCACUGAUGCACGUAUAAAAAUAUAAAUGAUGAUUUUACCGAUAGAAGGAGUUGGUUUUAAUUGAAGAAUUCGAAAGGUGCGUGCCUGAUGACAUAAAGAUGUAUUCAGAUGAAAAGGAUGCUGCCACUUUGCAGGAGUCUGCUGGAUUAGCAGAUGAGUUUGUUUUAACUCAUAAGGUUAAGUUUACCCCGAAUAAGAGCUUCCAAAAGAAUACCAGUGCAAACCAGAAAUUAAAGUUUGGACUAGUGAUAAGAGUAAGGAUGAAGGGAAGCAGUUGAAGGAGAAAUAUUCUGGUCCUACUUGUUACUGUUGUAGGAAAGCUGGUUAUGUGAUGGAUAAUUGUUCUGUCCUGAAGAAUAAAAAGGUAAAUGAGGCAGUCCCAAAUGCCUGUGUUGAAGCUUCUAUAAACCCAGAGGGUUCUGAACAUUCUGUUGAGGCUCAGUUAAGGUCUGAGAGGUCUGACUGAGUUAAGAAGGGUUCGAACAUUUUAUGUCAGAUGGGAUUGUAUUAGUAAAUGAAUCAGUACCAGUGAAAAUUCUGAAAAGAGGAUGCUGUCCAAGUUACUGGGGCUUCUCAGUCACUCAUUCUAGGAGGCUGUGGUGGCCAGUGCUAUAAUAUUUGCUGUUGUGUACUGGGGCAGCAGGCUAGGGUAGCAGACACCAACAGAAUCAACAAACUCAUUCGUAAGGCCAGUGAUGUUGUGGGGGUGGAACUGGACACUCUGACAGUGGUGUCUGAAAAGAGGAUGCUGUCCAAGUUGCAUGCCAUCUUGGACAAUGACUCCCAUCCACUCCAUAAUGUACUGGUUAGACACAGGAGUACAUUCAGCCAGAGACUCAUUCUACCGAGAUGUAACACGGUGUCAUAAGAAGUCAUUCUUACCUGUGGCCAUCAAACUUUACAACUCCUCCCUCGGAGUGUCAGACACCCAGAGCCAAUAGGCUGGUCCUGGACUUAUUUCCGCUUGCAUAAUUAACUUAUUAUUAUUUAAUUAUUUAUGGUUUUAUAUUGCUAUAUUUCUUCACUAUUCUUGGUUGGUGUGGCUGUAACCAAACCCAAUUUCCCUUGGGAUCAAUAAAGUAUGUCUGUCUGUACGUUAGACAGCGUUCUAAAGUUUGGCGAUGAGACUGACACUGCUGAGGUAAAUCUUAUUAAAGGCAUUCGCGGCAGCAUGAUUUCCGUGCUGUUGUACAAGGCAACUUUACUGUCAGGGUUGGUUUCGGGACCUGUUGAGAUCGGAUUAUGCUCCAGUUUACCGGUGGAAGAUGUUACUUUGCUGUUCGGGAAUGACCUGGCAGAUGGUAAAGUUGUUCCUGCAGUGCAGUUAACAACUAAGCCAACCACUGACGACCCACAGAUGGAUUUUAACAUUUAUCCUUCCUGCGCAGUAACUCGAAGUAUGGCUAAAAUGUCUGCCGACGCAGACGGUUCUGUGCAGCAUGAUUCUGAUACCCAUGAUAGCCAAAAUCUGGAUUCCGGUUAUGAUGACUUGUCAGGGACUUCUCUGCCUUCAUUGUUUCAACAGGAUUCAGAUAGUAAGUCUGACGAGAAAGAUUUAUCUCUGUCUAGGAAGGAGUUUAUAGCAGCAGGGAACCGAGACCCUGAGAUUGAAGCUUUAAAAGAAACACCUCUCUCAAAUGAUGAGAUUAAGAAAGUGCCAGUAGGGUAUUAUGUCAAGGAUGGAGUGUUAAUGAGGAAGUGGAGGCCACCUGCUAUUCCAGCGAGUGAGGAAUGGGAAAUUGUUCACCAGGUUGUAGUUCCUAAAGUUUAUAGGACUGAAAUUUUAACUUUGGCCCACACUAUACCCUUACGUUGACAUUUUGGAGUGAAUCAAACUAAACAAGAUUAUCAAAAAAUGUUACUGGCCUAAUUUGGGGACAGAUGUUGUGACCUUUCGCAGAACCUGUCACACUUGUUAAGUUGUGGGUAAACCUAAUCAGGUCACCCCAGUGGCCCCACUGCAGUCUAAACCUGC